UCCCUUAAUUACCCUUCACUUUCGUUACCCUCUCUUGUAUUUUUUGUUUUCAUUAAAUUCAGACUGUCCGAAUGGUCGCCGGAACAGCACAACCGUCAUAUCAGUUGAUCACAUUCCGGCGGUCAAUCGACGUUGCUAAAAUUCGAUCAUUUGGGGAACAAAAGACUGAUGGAAAUCCCCCACUCUCUUCCCUAAUCUAAAAUCAUUCAGAUCCAUUAGUGGAUUUUCUUUCUUCCAUUGAAACCUUUGCUUAACCCUAGCGCGAUUAGUCAACAUAAUCUUUAUUAGGUUUCCAAAAUGUUUAAGAAAAUUAUCAAAGGAGGACAGCGGAAGCAUUCCAAAUUGGAUUCAACGGAUGCAUCUUUAUACGGGUCGGGUCCAAACUCCAAUGCCGUCGCUGCUCUAUCCCGAAAUUCUGACGUCCCUAUGGCUCCACCGCUGAUGGCUACUAUGGAACCCUUGCCGUUAUUCCGCGACGUCCCCGUUUCUGAUAGGCAGAAUUUGUUCAUGAGAAAAUUACAGAUUUGUUGCUUCCAAUUCGAUUUCUGCGAUACCUUGAAAUCGGCCCGAGAAAAAGAAAUCAAGCGGCAAACACUGCUGGAACUAGUCAAUCUCAUUCAAUCUGGUUCAAGCAAAAUCAUGGAGAGGUGUCAAGAAGAAAUGAUUAAAAUGAUCGGAGUCAACAUUUUCCGGUGCCUCCCUCCGGCGUCUCACGAGAACACGGGCCAAGUAGCGAUGGAUCCUGAAGAAGAUGAAGGGUAUUUGGAACCCUCAUGGCCGCAUUUACAUAUUGUUUACGAGCUUCUUUUGAGAUAUGUCGUAUCUUCAGAUACGGGCACUAAGGUUGCAAAGAGAUUCAUUGAUCAUUCAUUCGUUUUGAAGCUGCUUGAUUUGUUUGAUUCGGAGGACCACAGGGAAAGAGAGUUUUUAAAAACAAUUCUCCAUAGGAUUUAUGGUAAAUUCAUGGUUCAUCGUCCGUUUAUUAGGAAAGCCAUAAAUAAUAUUUUCUUUAGGUUUAUAUACGAAACAGAGAGGCAUAGCGGGAUUGGGGAGCUUUUGGAGAUUCUUGGAAGUAUUAUCAAUGGCUUUGCUUUGCCCAUGAAAGAGGAACAUAAGUUGUUCCUUGUGAGAGCAUUGAUCCCUUUGCAUAAGCCGAAACCUGUGGGAGUGUAUCACCAGCAGUUGUCUUAUUGUAUUAUUCAGUUUGUUGAGAAGGAUUAUAAGCUGGCUGACACGGUUAUAAAAGGGUUGUUGAAGUAUUGGUCUUUGACUAAUUGUCAAAAGGAACUUCUCUUCCUAGGAGAACUUGAAGAAGUACUUGAAGCAACGCAGUCUGCUGAGUUCCAACGAUGUGUGGUUCCUCUUUUCAGACAGAUUGCUCGUUGUCUCAAUAGCCCUCAUUUUCAGGUUGCCGAAAGGGCCCUCUUCUUGUGGAAUAAUGAGCACAUCUUGAGCUUAAUUGCCCAAAAUCAGCUGGCGAUAUUACCUAUCAUCUUCAAUGCAUUGGAGAAGAACAUCCAAAGUCAUUGGAACUAAGCAAUUCAUGGGUUGACUGCGAAUGUGAAAAAGAUGUUCAUGGAAAUGGACACCGAGUUAUUGGAUGAUUGUCAUAGACAAUUUGAAGAAAAAGAGGCCAGAGCCCAAGAGGUGGAAGAGCAACGAGAAAUGACAUGGAAAAAACUGGUGGAUGCAGCAGCGCAUAGAGGGGAAGACAAUAUGGUUACAGUCUAGCCGAUGAAUUGGAUUGUCAGAGAAAAUUUGAAGAGAGAGAGGCCAAGCCCAAGAGGUGGAAGAGCAUCGAGAAAUGACAUGGGAAAAACUGGCGGAUGCGACAGAGCAAGACAAUAUGGUUACAGUCAAGCUGAUGAAUCGGAGUGGAAUUAUUAUUUCUUUUCAUUUUUGGUUUUCGGGGUCUCAAUAUGAUCAUUGAAGAUACCUGAGAAAGAGCAGCGAUUAAUGUAAUUUAAAAUGUAUGGAAUUGGGUAGUAAACAUGCUACAAUGAUCUGUGAGGAACAAACUUGUAUUUUUUGUCAAGCUUAUUUGUUCGUCCAACUCACAUCCUUAAAAGGAGGGAAAAAAAGUAUUAGAUUUUUUUAGUUUGGAAUUACUGAUACCACUACUUGUAUUUUUCUUUGUUUUUUAAGUGUAACAAGUACAGGACAAUCAAAAUAUAAAUAUAAGUACGAGUAAUGUGAGUUUAAAUGUGUUGAAAA